UAUUUUACUCCAAUCCGGUGUCAUGGCGUCCUCCUGUUCACAGGCGCUCAGGCAUCAUGUAUGUAAAAAUAGCAGAUUAUUUCACAUUAACUUACAGAAAUCAAACAGGAGUUUUAGUCUGAGUGCUGCUGCAUAUCAACAGUCUGCAGUUUCAGCCUCAGAAGAAAUAGUCAUUCCAAAGAAAAAAACAUGGAGUAAGGAAGCUGUCUUACAAGCACUAGCAUCCACUGUGAACAGGGAUCCAACAGCAUCACAUUACAGAUUUCAGGAUGAUCCGUAUCUCACUCCAAAAACAUCAGGAGAGUUUAAAUUAUUUUCCUUAUCCCAAGAAUCAGGCAGAAAUGCUGCAAAAUUUUUCAUCAAUAAGUUCCCAAAAUACUUCCAGAAGGACUACGCAGAGCCUCAUAUUCCUUGUUUGAUGCCAGAAACACUGGAGGUUCAGAUAGAGGAAGUGUCUGAAGCGGCACUGAUCGAAAGAAUUCAGCUGAGAAAAGUCAAAGCUGCCGUAGAUCUGUAUGAUCAACUGCUACAGGCUGGUUCACAGGUGUCAUUGGAUGUGACCAAUCAGCUGUUAGAUCUGAUUUGUUUUUAUGGAGACCGUGAUCCUGCUCAAGAUGUUCCAGACCAGAGGGCAGAAGAGACCGAGGAGGUACAGGAAGAAUCACAGGUUAGGAAAGGAAGACCAUUCAGAGGCUCUGAUUUACAUAAGGGGGUCUGGAAAGAGAAUAAUAAUGCUGAAAGAAUAUUUGCGCUUCUGUCAGAGCCGAACAGUCGUUCAUACAGCGCUCUCAUCAGAGGCAUGGUGAAGUAUGGUGCUUACGCCAAAGCUUUCAGCACCUACACUGACCUGCUAAACAACCGUCUGACAGCUGAUGUUCACACCUUCAAUGCUCUGAUCUCAGCCGCUCCUGAAGUACAAGAGAAAUACAAUGAGAAAUGGGAGCAGAUACUGGAUCUCCUGAAGCAGAUGGCAGAACAGAAAGUCAAACCAAACCUCUUGACAUUGAACAGCGUCCUGAAGGCUUUGAGACGUUGUGGCGCUCUGGGAAAAUCCCAGGCCUUUCCGGUCAUCAGUGAGAUGAAGACUCUGUCCAUCGUGCCUAGUUUGGCCUCCUACAAUCAUGUGCUGAGCAUUUUCUAUAAAGCAGGUGCACCUGUUCAAGGCCAAUCGGAUGUUUUACAGGAAGUAAUGAAUGAGGUAUCAGGAAAGAGCUUUACGCCACAGGACCCUGAUGAUGCACAGUUCUUCAUUACCGCUAUGAGGAUUUGUCUUGACACUAAAGACAUGGAGCAGGCGUAUAGAGUUCAUGAGCUGCUCGGUGUUGGAGAAAACUGGCGACUGCUAGGGGACGCUUUUCAACAGAGCAUCUACUAUGCACGCUUCAUGAGUCUGCUGUGUAUGAUGGAGAGCAUUGAUGUGGUAUUGAAGUGGUACAGAGAUCUGAUUCCCUCAGUUUAUUACCCCAAUUCUUAUGUUAUGAGAGAUUUACUUCAGGCACUUGAUACCGACAACAGAUUAGACAUGAUUCCACAGAUAUGGAAAGAUAUCAAACAGUUUGGCCAUGCAAACAGACAGAAGCUGGUAGAAGAGAUACUGAGCCUCAUGGCCAGAGAAAAACAAAGUCAAGAGGUACAGGAGUCAUUUGCUCUCUGUGCACUGGAUGUGAAGAAAAUGUAUGAAACGGGCGACCGUGGAAAGGUUACGCUGAGCUGGAGCGCUUCUUCUAUCAGCGAUGUCAUUUCCAUUUUACUAGCAGCUCAGAGGAGACGCGAGGCCUGGGAUAUGCUAAAGCUCUUCAAAACCCACAACCGAGUUCCAAGUGAGGAGCUGAUGAAUAAGUUCUUGACGUGUAUAAAAGAGAGCGGUGAUGUGAAUCAGGCAGUCGAGCUGCUCCGGAUCUCAGCUGGUUUCUGUCUUCCUGAGAUCUCAAAGCUUAUUGAGAGAGUCCGGCAGGAGUUUCAGCUCUCAGAGGAGCAGAAGAGCAUCUUGUCUGAUCUGGAACUACAGAGCCAUAACAGUGAUUAACUCUGGAGCUGAGAUACUUUCAGAAGUGUGGAUCACAGCAGCACAAUAUAAAGAGAAAAAGUGCAUCAGUAAUACAUCAGUACUCUUAAAACCCCAAGCUCAUGCUUGCUACUUGCAUUCAAAUUUCACUCUUUAUUCAAAUUAAACCAUUCUUCCAUUACUCUGUUUCAGUUAUUAUUAAUCGACAUUUUUUCGCAUGGUAAAUAAAGCUCUGUACACUGCACAGUGAAUAACAGCAUGGGAAUGUUUGUGUUGAUUAAUAGGAAAAUCUUUACAGUAUGUUUUUAAAGUCCCACUGCCUAAAUGGGAACUUUUAUUUCAGUUCAUUAUUCAUUUGUGUAUGAUCUUGUCAAAAUGAGAAAGAUAUGGAUCAUUGGUAAAAUGGUUUAAACCAGAGCCCUUUAGAAAGAGAGUUCUGACAACGGAAGUCCAAAAAGCUCGGCAGUCACGUGAUUCAGGAAAAGUUCCUGGAAGCUCAUAGUGA